AUGGUCAAACCCCUCACGUUUAAAGGCGACAAGCCUAAGAAGCGCAAGGUCCGCAGCGACGAUCCCGAAAAAUCGAGCACAAAAACCCGCAAAACCACUGGGCCCGAUCCCGAAGCCGACAAUGAAAACCCACCCGACGACACAAGCUGGGUAUCCGCAGAUGCGCCAAGUGAUCUAGGCGGCCCAAUUGUGCUGGUUCUACCAUCUGAUAAAGCUACAUGUGUGGCUAGCGAUGCGAAUGGGGUAGUGUUUGCGAGUGAGCUGGAGAACCUCAUUGACGGGAAUGCGGAGACAGCGGAGCCACAUGAUGUACGACAAGUUUGGGUUGUGACGAAGGUUGCAGGGACAGAAGGAUAUAGUUUUAAGGGACACCAUGGAAAGUAUUUAAGCUGCGAUAACCACGGCAUCAUGUCCGCUACUGCCUCCGCCGUCGGACACUACGAAUCCUUCAUCGUCAUUCCCUCCCCCGAUAUUGGUGGUGCAUUUUAUCUGCAGACGCGUGGUGGUGACGCCGAAUCUUUCUUGUGCGUUAAGGAGAGCUCUAAGGCAUCUUCUGGCGUAGAGAUCCGUGGUGAUGCGGAGACAAUUUCAUUUGAGACUGGUGUGCGGAUUCGGAUGCAGGCAAGAUUCAAGCCGCGACUUCGGGCCUCAAAGGAAUCAAAGGCAUACGAAAAGAUUAGCAAGAAGGAAUUGGAGGAGCUUGUUGGAAGGAAUUUGGAAGAUGAUGAAGUGAAAAGGUUAAGAAGGGCGAGACGAGAGGGCAACUUCCAUGAGGAGAUGCUGGAUGUAAAGGUUAAAGGGAAGCAUGAUAAAUGGGCUUGA